GCGUCAAUCUCAAAGACACGCAAUCCUAUUGGUCAAUGGGUCCGAAGGGACGGCCCUUGAACGUGGUCCUCCUUGCGACAAGCUAGGAGGCGUCACAUGGACAUAGUACUGUAACCUGACAGGUGAACUUUCUACUCGUCUCAUUUGGACAGUUCAUGCAACAGCAUGGCGAGCGUUGGCAGACUUUCCACUAAGGAUGCAGUUCUUUUCCUGUGUGACAUGCAGGAGAAGUUCAGACCCAACAUCUUCCAGUUCACCAACAUUGUCGGCAAUGCAGCCAGAUUGCUCCAGGCCAGUCGUGUUCUGGGCAUCCCUCAAAUCUUGACAGAGCAGUACCCUAAAGGUUUGGGUCCCACGGUGCCAGAGUUGGGAGCAGGUGAUCUGAAGGCUUACUCUAAAACUUCAUUCACCAUGAUGAUCGAGGAGGUGGAGAAGGAGCUGCACGCCCUUGGAAAUCCCAAACAGGCUAUUCUUUGUGGAAUAGAGGCACACGCCUGUAUUGCAUGCACAACCUUUGACUUGAUUGAAAGGGGAGUAGAGGUCCAUAUUGUGGCUGACGCUGUCUCAUCCAGAAGCCAGACAGACCGUUUAUUUGCUCUGUCGCGACUGAAGCAGAGCGGGGCUUACCUCACCACCACAGAGGCGGUAAUGCUGCAGUUAGUCCAAGAUGCCAAGCACCCCAACUUCAAGGAGAUCCAGAAGCUACUGGCCCAUCCAUCCCCAGACACCAACCUCCUUGCCUUCUUCAGCACUCUGUAGGCAGAUCAUUCUGUUUCAUAAACACCGAUCAGGAUCUAACAUUUGUUCAAUAAAGAGCUGCUGCUAACUUGAA